GGGCAAAGCGGCGAUCGUAUCAUGAUGGACCUACUUUUAGACUGCGCCAUCUUUCUUCCCGUCGAAGCUAACAUGGGAAACUACUACCAGCUCUCAGGCAUGCCCCUGUCUGAAGUGCAACUUGACAGUGUUGUGAGCAAUGGUCCAGGAAACACUAAUACAAAUACCCAGCCAAUUGCAAAGUCACUAUAUCUCCAAAGCGAGGACAGAACGCCUGGGUCAAUUACAUUUGUCCGUAGUCGCAUGUUGUAUGCAAAGGCCGCCCUGAAUGCAAACGGGGGCGUCAGAUUCGGCCUGCGCCAUAUACGUGCGUUCCCUGUCUCAUCAAUUUGCACCUCCUGA